UUUUUACCGGCAUGAAGUCGUUUUAUGACUGACUGCAUUCCCGGCCCCAGACUCAUAAACUCGAUCAGCAGGUUUUUGGUCAACAAAGUUUCCCCAAGGCUAGAUCUGGAGAGGGAAGCAUGAAGAGGGAUCAUAUUGUGUGUAUAGUGAGUCUUUCCCACCAGUAGUGUGGGGAGUUUCCCUUCAUGGAGAAGGAGCAGAUGUUUGGAGGGAGCGGUCGGAUAGAUUGAAGGAGGAGCCUGAGGAGAGGAAAAGAAAGCCAAAGGGAGGGGCUGGAUGUGUUUGGUCUUGAGCUGUGAGGAAACAGCAGACGGGGAGUGACCGCCGGCUUCACACACACUCAGCCUUUCUCACUUUUCUCUCCUUGUUUGUUUGUUUUUUCCUGGUGGAGCGUAUGCAGAAGCUCCCCGCUGACACCAUGGAUAACUUCCAGACUGUCCUGAGGUUCUUCUUGAACCAGAAAGCCACCAUUGGCUACAGCUUCAUGGCUCUGUUGACUAUAGGCGGGGAGCGGAUUUUCACCUUGGUCUCCUUUCAGUGUCCCUGCAACCACGACCAGAACUUCGCCUACGGGCUGACCUUCCUGCUGGGCCCGGCGGCGGUGCUGCUGGUCCUGGGUCUGUUCUUCAGCACCAAACUGUGGAGGCUCUACACCGGCUGCUGCCUGAAUCCCAUGAAGCUGUGUCCCCGGGGGAACUGCUUCGGCUGCCUCCGAGCCUUCACGAGCAUCUUCACGGGGGCGUGCGUGGCGCCCAUCAUGUGGCUGUGUGUGGCCCUGCUCAACGGGACCUUCUACGAGUGUGCGGUGAGCGGGCUGGACGACAACCUGGUGGUGGAUCUCUUCUGCAAAAACAAGACCAUGAAGUGUCGGGAGGAGCUGGCCCGGGUGCCCUGCGACCGCUCCAAGCUGUCGAGCGACGAGCGCAUGGAGCUGCUGCUGAUGUUCAGAGCUCAGUCACAGAUCCUGGGCUGGUCUUUAAUCAUCAUCGCUGCAGUCGUCGGCCUCCUGGGAACCUGCUACACGAACUGUCGCUCCAAAGUCAGCUACCUGCAGCUCACCUUCUGGAAGCGCUACGUGGAGAAAGAGAAGGAGCGCUUCGACGCCUACGCCAUGGACUACGCCACCAAACUGGCAGAGAGGAACCUGCAGAGCUUCUUCGAGAACAAGGCCCCCGAGGCGUUUCCUUUCCCGAGCCACAAGGCGUGGGAGGAGAUCUCCGCGCACUACACCUUCUCCAGGAGCGAGCAGUGCUACAGCACGCUGCAGCGCUGCGUGGAGAGGACGGACCGGGAAACCCCCCCGGAGAAGAGACCCGUCCUGGACUCGGAGUACGGGAUGGAGAUGCACUGAAGGAGGGGGAGGAGGAGGAGCGUGUGGUCUUUGUGUCAGUUCAUGAAGGAGGGACAAUCAGUGAACAGAGCAUCAGUGUGAGGAUACACACUCCCCACUGUUUAACUCUUAAAUCUAUGACAUGUUGCAAGUUUGACUCAGGAAAAGUUCUCCUCUGUGACUAAGCUUCCCUUUCACUACAGUCCUCCAAAGAAUGUAACCGCUGCCAAAAAAACAAUAACACAACCUCCUGUAAGCACAUGAGAGAAUGAAGGGCUUAACCACUAUACCUUAUAUACACUUUAAGUCUUAAAUGGUGCAUGGAUGUUACUGAGGCCGUCUAUAACUCUACUAAUGCUGCUUUGAAAACGUUGUCUUCCUCAGAUAUGCAGAGUAAUUUACAUUUGCUUUAAGAAAGGCAAUCAGGGUUGCAGCUCUGCCUGAACAGACUGAAGCUGCUUUGACUUUAUUAUUUCCUAGAAAUCAGGGAUUUUAGUGACAUCGGUGUUUCUGAACAAUUUAAACUUAAAGUGUCUGUCACCUUAAAGGGAUAGUUCAGAUAUUUUGAAAUGAGGUUGUAUGAGUUACUUGUCCAUAGUAAGUGCUUUAGCCACAGGAGGAGCCGGUCAGCUCUGUUCUUUUAUUGAGGAACCAGUCGGAGUGCCGGCACAGAAACAAGGCUGUACAUGGCUCUGAGGGGGCAAGUAUUGAAUAGGACAGAUAUAGUAGGAAAUUGGGGAGAGAGAGAGAGCAGGAAAUGACCCGGACACCCACAUGGAAGAUUACAGCCAGUGGCGGUUCUAGACCACUUUUACUGAGGGGGCCUAACGGGGGCCAGUUGUUUUGUCAGAGGGGAAUAUUAAA